UGUUUGUAGUCUCCAAUGUCUUUGUAAAAGCUGAUAGAAAAGACUUUCAGUUACGUUGUUUACUUGAUAAACUAGUUUUGAAGAAAAUGUUAUUAAAUUUCGAAUUUAUUUUUUUCAAUUGAUGAGCAAGAAAAUUUACUAAAAACGAUUAAAUUAAUUAAGGUACUGACUAUUUGUCUUAAAGUCAACUAUAGUAUUGACAAGAUCACAAGAAACUUGCUUCGUCUGGUGACUCUUGUCUGACUAUUUCCUAUACAUCUGGUAUUGACAACAAGUUUUCUUCUUCUUCAUCAAUGUUUUGUUCUUCUUACCAUGGUAUAUGAAGAAAUGAGAUCCAAAGCCAAAGGUCUUUUGAGACCAUUAACCACAAAACCUUUACAACCUGUGAGUUGUCACAUACAUCUCUUCUGCCUCCUCUGUGUCCUUAUCCUAUCUGCUCUCUUUCUUACACUUUCAGAAGCUGUCUGUAACUCGCAAGAUCAAGAAUCUCUCCUGUGGUUUUCCGGCAAUGUUUCUUCUUCUGUUUCUCCUUUGAAUUGGAACCUCUCCAUUGAUUGUUGCUCCUGGGAGGGGAUAAAAUGCGAUGACACAUCAGAGAGUGACGUCACCGCAAUUUCCUUACCCCUUAGAAGACUCUCAGGAAACCUCAUCUGGUCUGUUCAGAACCUUCACCGUCUCUCUCAUCUCGACCUUUCUCAUAACCUCCUCUCUGGUCCUCUCCCACCAGGUUUUUUCUCUGCCCUUGAUCACCUCAUGGUUCUUAACCUUAGUUACAAUAGCUUCAGUGGUGAGUUGCCACUUGAACAUGGAAGUAACAAGUUCUUCUUCCCAAUCCAGACCAUUGACUUGUCAAGCAAUCUUCUCCAAGGCCAAAUCCUCAAUACUUCUAUAUAUCUCCUGGGAGCUUUCAGUUUAAUCAGUUUCAAUGUUAGCAAUAACAGCUUCACUGGUCCAAUCCCUUCCUUUAUGUGCAUGAGUUCACCUCAGCUCAGCCACUUGGACUUCUCUUAUAAUGAUUUUGCUGGCCGCAUCUCCAGAGGACAAGGCAGAUGUUUGAACCUUAGUGUCCUACGAGCAGGCUUCAACAAUAUCUCUGGUGAAAUACCUGUUGAGAUCUACAAUCUCUCAGAGCUAGAGGAACUCUUUCUCCCAGCCAAUCAUCUAACUGGAAAGAUUGAUAACAGCAUCACCCGGCUCAAGAAACUAACGUUGCUUGAGCUUUACUUCAACCACCUAGAAGGAGAAAUACCAAAGGACAUAGGUCAUCUCUCCAGCUUGCAAAGCCUCCAACUACAUGUUAAUAACAUCACUGGUACCGUUCCGCUUUCUCUAACAAACUGUACUAAACUCGUCAAGUUGAACUUGAGGAUCAACCGGCUGAUAGGGAACUUAACAGAACUCGAGUUUAGCCAGUUGCAGAGACUUAAGAUUCUGGAUCUCGGGAACAAUAGCUUCACUGGUGAUGUUCCGGAGAAGGUUUUCUCCUGCAAGUCUCUCACGGCGAUCAGGUUUGCAGGCAACAAGUUAACGGGGCAGAUACCUCCCCAAGUAAAGGAACUUGAGUCCCUAACGUUCUUGGCUUUUUCAGACAACAUAUUAACAAACAUUACAGGAGCUCUCAGCAUUCUGCAGCGAUGCAGGAAACUGUCCAUUCUGAUGUUAGCAAGGAACUUUUACGAUGAAACGUUUCCAAGCAACGUAAACUUUGUUUCUUCAGAUGGAUUCCCUAGCAAACUCCAAAUAUUUGCCAUUGGUGGAUGUCGAAUUAUAGGUGAAAUACCAACUUGGUUGAUCAAGUUGAAGAGCUUAGAGCUCAUGGACUUGUCACAGAACGGACUCGUAGGGUCAAUUCCUGGUUGGUUGGGAACUCUCCCCAACCUUUCUUACAUCGAUCUCUCUCGUAACUUACUAACAGGAGAGUUGCCAAAAGAAUUCUUUCACCUGAAGGCUCUCAUGUCCGAAAAGGCCUACGAGGCAACAGAAAAGAACUAUCUACCGCUGCCUAUUUUUAUUAGUCCCAACAAUAUUAUUAUUAGUCAGCAAUACAAUCAGAUGUACAACUUCCCAUCUGCCAUCUACAUGGAAAGGAAUAACCUAACCGGGAGUAUACCUGUAGAGAUUGGCCAGUUAAAGGCUCUUCAAGUUCUGGAGCUUCAUGGCAACAAUUUCUCUGGCAGGAUCCCAGAUGAACUGUCGAACCUCACCAAUCUAGAGAGGAUGGACGUGUCCAAUAAUAAUCUAUCUGGUAGAAUACCUCCGUCGUUGGGGCUCCUCCAUUUCAUGUCCUAUUUCAACGUGGCGAACAACAGUCUAGAAGGGCCAAUACCGACAGGAAGUCAGUUUGAUACUUUUCCAAAAUCAUAUUUUGAAGGAAACCCAUUGUUGUGCGGUGGUGUGCUUAUGACUUCCUGCACAGCUCCAAGUCGGGAGCCUGCUACAACCACAGAAGAUGAUGAGCUAAAGAGAACACUUGUGGUUGGGAGUGCCAUUGGAUACAUUUUCGGCUUUAGUUCGAUUUUAUUCGUGUGUGCGUGGAGGGUGUAAGGCAAUAACAUGUGAAGCUUGUUUGCAUAUCUGGGGUUAAUGGAAAGUGGAAUAAUUAAUAAGAAUAAUAUCAAUGUCAUACAUCAUACAUGUUCUGGUCUAGAACCGAAGAAACAACGUUGCUUACACGAUUACAUUUACAUAUACACAACCAUCCGACUAUUACAUCAUUGCAUUUAAUAACUAACUAAAAAACAUCCAGCCUGGCCGGGAAAAUGUAAAAAAACUGACGCCGUGAGGUGUCUCUCCGGCGAAACAUUGAUAACCAACAAAAAAAACGGAAGAAGCCCAAAGGCUCACUAGACGAAUCAGGGAUCGACCGGCAAAUAUUAUUAUGUUAAACAUAAUAAUAAUGUUUAAUCUUCUGGUAAACUAAUUAGUAAUCGUCGUCGUCAU